AUGGCGUUCUUUUCCUCGUGCGUUAUGCGCCACUCGUCGCAGCUACUCAUUCAGAACUCUCCGAGAACACAACGGCUGGCCGGAGCUCACGCAUACACAGGGAUACCCGACUAUGUGCGCUCCAAGAUAGGUCGACGAUUAGACACAAAUCGCGACCACCCGGUGGGUCAAGCAGCUGAGAUGAUUAAGCACUUCUUCCGGACUCAACACCGACACUCGCCAGAUUCAGAGGAUGGAUUUCCGUACAUUGCGUUCGACUCUGUGCCGGUUACCAUACGAGAUAACUUCGAUGAACUGCAGGUGCCACUUAACCAUGUGAGCCGAGAUCCAUCCGAGAACUUUUAUACCUCCAAGCAAUAUGUGCAGGGUUAUGCUCGCCAACGAGCUGAAGUGUACCCUCGCAUACUAUCGCAAUCUAGAAAUGCCAGCUAUGAUAGGUGGAUGAUUAAUCGCAUGGCUGACGAGCUGGGACACUCGGUCCACACGGUGCUGCCAACGCAUACAACAUCGCACUUGCCUGAGCUGUUACGCAGGGGAUUAACUCGGGCAAUAUACUCUGGCCAAGUGUUUCGGAGGGACUCAAUCGACGCCAAGCAUUAUCCUGUGUUUCACCAGCUUGACGGCUUCAGGCUCUUCACUCGCGAGGAGUUAGAAAACUUGAGGCACGAUUCAGGCAUUGAAGGAGCCACAUUGAGCGACGAGCAGCUCAUAAUGGAUAACUUAAGGUGUACCCUCCAAUCCCUUGUGAAAUAUCUGCUUCGUCGUGUGGUAAGCGCCGACAUGCGUUCCAAUGCAUCCGAAGCUGCUGAAAAUAGCGGCAGUAAAACAGAUGGGUGCGAUGCGUUACCUUUGAGUAACACGGAUUAUGAUAACCAUGUAGAAGCAGGCAAUGUAAAUGUGCCUGUAAACACGGAACACGCAGGCGAAGAUGAAUUGCUGAAGUGGGAUAGCGACACCUCUUUCCCCUUCACUGAUCCUUCCCUCGAGCUCUACGUAAAGUUGGAAAACGAUUUUGUUGAGAUUUUAGGGUGUGGAAAACUAAAAGACGUGAUUAUUAGAAACAUUUUGCGGACCGACAGUAGAGAUGAAAGCGUUGGCCAAGCCGAUUCUGGUAACCAAGACACCUCUGAAAUAGUUGGAGGCUGGGCCUUUGGCAUAGGAUUAGAGCGCCUGGUAAUGACUUUAUCCCGUAUCACAGACAUACGUCAGUUCUGGGAAGACGACGAGCGUUUUUUGCGGCAGUACCGCGAUUUCCACCGUUACGGAACAAUGCCUAUAUUCAAACCCUACAGCCGAAACCCGGCAGUAGUCCGUGACAUUUCGUUUUACCUCGACGGCGCCGAUGCAACUAAACAGGCUUUUGAUGAAGUCGACUUCCGUGGAAUCCUGGAGGAGCUGAGCAGGGAGUAUGUCGAGGACGUCACACAGCUAUCGGAGUUCGUGCACCCCAAAACGGGACGUAGAAGUCUGUGCUAUCGUGUCACUUAUCGUGCGAUGGGAGAGAACCUCACAAAUGCAUUUGUGAACGAGAUCCACCAACGCGCGCUUGAUCGCAUUACGGACACCUUCAACAUAGAACUGCGGUAA